AUGGGGCAGGAGUGGAGCCUGCCUGAGGGGAGCCCGCCUGAGGGGAGCCCACCUGAGGAGAGCCUGCCUGAGGGGAGCCCGCCCGAGGAGAGCCCGCCUGAGGAGAGCCCACCUGAGGGGAGCCCGCCUGAGGGGAGCCCGCCUGAGGAGAGCCCGCCUGAGGGGAGCCCGCCUGAGGAGAGCCCGCCUGAGGAGAGCCUGCCUGAGGGGAGCCCGCCUGAGGGGAGCCCGCCUGAGGAGAGCCUGCCUGAGGGGAGCCCGCCUGAGGGGAGCCCGCCUGAGGGGAGCCUGCCUGAGGGGAGCCUGCCUGAGGGGAGCCCGCCUGAGGGGAGCCUGCCUGAGGAGAGCCUGCCUGAGGGGAGCCCGCCUGAGGAGAGCCUGCCUGAGGAGAGCCCGCCUGAGGAGAGCCCGCCUGAGGGGAGCCUGCCUGAGGGGAGCCCGCCUGAGGAAAGCCUGCCUGAGGAGAGCCCGCCUGAGGAGAGCCCGCCUGAGGGGAGCCCGCCUGAGGAGAGCCUGCCUGAGGGGAGCCCGCCUGAGGGGAGCCCGCCUGAGGGGAGCCCGCCUGAGGAGAGCCCGCCUGAGGAGAGCCCGCCUGAGGGGAGCCCGCCCGAGGAGAGCCCGCCUGAGGGGAGCCCGCCUGAGGAGAGCCUGCCUGAGGGGACGCCUGUCAGCUACUCGAGGAACUUUUAA